ACGAUUGAAGCGAAAGAGGAAGACAAGCAAUGCAAAAGAAGCAGGAGAGCUUGCACUGGUCUGGUUGGGAUUGAAAGUGCUUUGCUUGACUAAGAGGAUGAAGAUGCAAGCCAGCGUGAUUAAGAGCAAGUGGGUGGUACACAAUUGACUUCCUAACAAGACUCAGUUUUAACCUUCGCACUUCUUCAGAUCAAUCUUCAACACACAAAUGGCUAUUUUUACACGCAGACUGUGUCAGGACUUACAUGGUUGUUACCCUCAAGGAUCAAAUCUUCACACAGGAAUCUGCACUCAUCGAUCAGCUUUCCCUCAAUCAACACCUUCCAUGGAAAAAACCUUGACACUGUGUUUGUGGAAACAUUCGUUUUGCACUCAGUGGAUUUAAGAUAAGUCACUACAUCCCUCAUUCUUACUAUAACUGGCUUUGAGUCUAAAAGAAAAUAGAGACCUGCAAAAUGGCCUUGAAAAAUGGACUAUUCCUCACCUUGUUCUUGUUUACCCUCCAAGCCAGUGGAAUCAAAGUUCUCAGUAGGGACCAUUUAUCAUGGAACAGAAAUGUCAAAUACAGGCAUUUCUAUGAGGACUCGCGAGCAGCCAGGCAUCUGUCAGCUGUCCGAGAUUCACUUUUCCUGAAUAAGCUUCGAGUGAAGAGAUCAGCACUAUUCAGUACAGGGGUCAGAGCAUGUCCUCAGGAGAACAUGGCAGAGGUCAUCACCAGCCACAAAUCAUACUACAAACUGAGAGUCUGCCAGGAGGUUGUAUGGGAAGCCUUCCAAAUUUUCCUGGACAGAGUGCCGGGCAUGACAGAGUUCCAGCAGCGGGUGCAUGCCUGCCAGACAGACUCACUGUGUGUGGAGGACUUGGCCCAUAAUUUCAGCAGGUCCAAGGAACACCUUGACCUAGUGGCCAGGAGACUGACCAUUCAAGAUAACCAAGAGCAUGCCAUGGCAACAUCUGUAGCAGGCGAGAAAUGUUCAAAAACGCCUGAAGAGAAAUUUGCCAUGGAUUUAGAAAAGACCAAGGUCUCAGCUGUGCAGCACAUAAUAGAGUUCAGUGUGACUGUGAAGGACCCAGAUUACAUUCAGCUACAGAGAGACCAUGGCCAUGUGCAAUAUCAUGAUGCCCCCCACAGUCUUCAUGUGCAGAUGUUGCAAAUAUUCAACAAACUCGCUGGGUUUAAGGAAAUUCGACUGCUGGGAAUUCAACAAAUGAGCAGUCCUGAAAGUAUUGCAGUGCACUGUGCCAUGGUCUUUGAGACAGAAGUAGACUCUACAAGAAUAGGGACCACAGGGACAGAAUCUGACACAGAAAUAGCCCUCAAGGACAUGAUAUUAAAAGCCCUGAGGGAGGAUCCAUCCCUGCCUUUGGAUAUUCGUUCUCUCAGCUUUGAACCAACUACACAAAAUCAUUUAAAAGACCUACCAGCGGACAGACCAAAACAUCUACCUGGGGUUCUUAGGACACAAGUGGCAUUGGCCAUCUCUGAGGACACUACUGAGUCAAUUAACAUCUCAGAGGAAGAGGCAGCUCCUAAUGGAACUCAAGGGAGGGAUGAGGAGGCAAUAGAGAGUACAUUUCCUAGACCGGAAACAAGUAAGCAUUUGUCUACAGAAACUACAUUGGUGAACAUUACAAAGCCAUCUCUACCUGAACCAAGUGGUGGCCCCAAGCUAAAGGAAGCUAAGGAACAAAAUCUAAUCACUAAGGCUGAAGGAUAUAAGAGGAAUACUUCUUUGGACUCCCCAUUAAAGGUGUCUGAAGUGGAACAGGCUCUUGGAAAUGAAAUUGCUGCCAUGCCCACUGAACUGAACUUGAACUCCAUGAAAGCUGUAAGAGCAACUACUUCAAAUCAGUAUUCGGAGAGUGAAGUGGAUGUAUCAGAAGCUUCAUUUAAAGACAAAAUAUCAGCUAUGCCAUACUUUACACAAACUGAGAUGCCUAAAGCAGAGGACACAGCAGGCAUUGCCACAGUGGCUAUGGAUGGCAUUUCUGAAACUCCUGAAGCCAGCAGUUUUACAGAGAGCUCAGAGGUACCUAGCACAAAUCAACCUAUAGAGUUAAUAAGGCUCUCUUUUGUACCCAGGACCGAAAGGACCAUACAGCAUAUGCAGUCUGCCUCAAUCCCAAAAACUGUAUCUUCUGUAGACAUACCCUCUUUGCCCUCAGAACUUCCAGGAAAUUUCCUCAAUACGGAAGGAAGGUCAAUCCAAACACAUUCUUCUCAUCAGGCUAAAGCAUGUGAAAAGCAGGACUUUAUUAAAGGUUUACCACCUGAGACAGACAGUCCACAAUCCUCAGUUCCCUCUCUAGACAAAGAUGUCGGGGUGUUCUUUAGUUUAAAGUUUACCAACAUGAUCUUUUCAGAGGAUCUCUUAAAUAAGAGCUCACCUGGAUACAAGUCUCUGGAGGAUACAUUCCUUGAACUAAGACAAUCUUCUGAGUCCAGUAACCUGCCAAACUCAGAGACUUCCAGUAAACAGAAUAAGAAGGAACAGCAGACAUUAGCUUCAAUACCGUUGCUCCAAUUUCUACAAUCCGAUCUGACUGGAUUUAAGGAGCUACACAUCCUCAACUUCCGAAAUGGCAGUGUGGUAGUAAACAAAAAGAUGAAGUUAGCCAAACCAGUGGAGGAUAAUCUUACUAAGGCUGUGCACUGCACUCUUGACAAGUUGAUGCCUAGUAAUGCUGCUUCAAAGAAGGAUAGUGGAAUUGACAGCCAUCCAGCUGAUCCAUGCAAGUACAUGAACUGUAAUGAGUUUUCUCACUGUGUGGUGAACAUGCUGAGCAGCGAGGCUGAGUGUCUGUGUGAUCCAGGCUACAGCACAGUGGAUGGUCUGCUCUGUCAAAGCAUCUGCAACCUCCAACCCAACUAUUGCCUAAAUGGGGGACUAUGUGAGAACAUACCAGGACAUGGAGCCAGCUGCAGAUGUCCUUCAGCUAAAUACUGGUACUAUGAUGGCGAGCACUGCAGUGAGCUGGUGUCUGUGCCAGUCAACCCAGUCAUAUAUGUACUCUGUCUGAUGGGAAGUCUCACAGUGGUGUGUGCUGUAAUUGGCCUGUUAGUGUUUAUCAACAGGAAUUGUAUACGGACAAGAAAAAGGGUGACACUAGUGCGUUCACAUUCUCAGCUCUCUACAGAGGGAAUUAUGAGAGUGAAUCCGGUCUUUGAGAAUGAUGAUGGUAUCUUGACUCAUGUGUCUAGCAUCAGCUAUCCCACAAUCGCUGACUCAGGGUCAUCUCAACCAUCUGACCAGGUUUCAUUUUACUCAUUGGAAAACAUGCGUCUUAGCAUUGAGAUUCCCAGGCAACUCUACACAACAAGGUCGGAAAAGUUAGUAUCAGAAAUAGUUGGUUUCCACCACUGCAUACCACAUGUUCAGACAUGGAGGCCGUCUAAUGAACACAGAGGAUCCGACAGUGAUGGGAUUGAGGUGACUGUGUUAUGACUGUUAUUUUAGAGCCAGUAAGCACUGUUUGGACAUAAAAUGUGUUAAGUACCCUUUUUAAAGGUUCUUUUUCUCCCCUCACAGUGAGGAAUUUAUUUACAAAUGGAUAAACUUGGUGGUACUGUUUUUUUAAGCUAUUAAUAGACUACAUUGUUUAGACACUAAAUAUAUCUCCAGUGUCUAAAGUGUCCCAUGUUAUUUUGUUAUCAUGUCACUUCUGCUGAAAUUUUUAGCAUGUAAAUGUUUCUCACCAGUCAUUUGUGUGUUGCUCUCAAGACCAAAACACACAGAAUAAGGAUUAUUUUUAUUUUAUUAUUCACUUUUACAGACAA